AUGGGUUCGAGGUUGAUCGAGAUGAGUCUAGCCCUGGUCCUGGUAGCUCUGUUAUGUGGUGGAACUGCAGCUCAGUCAAGCUGCACUGGUGUAAUCAUGAGCCUGGCACCUUGCCUUAACUACAUUACAGGAAAUUCAUCGACUCCGUCGUCUUCUUGCUGCACGCAGCUGGGGAAUGUCGUCCAGUCCUCUCCGCUAUGUCUCUGUCCAUUGUUGAAUGGCACAGGACUCAAUUUGGGAAUAACUAUAAACCGGACUCUUGCUCUGUCUCUUCCUGGUGCAUGUAAUGUUCAAACCCUACCAGUUAGCCAGUGUAAUGCUGUUGCUAAUGGACCAUCAAGUUCUGCAGCUCCACCAGUAAGUUCCCCUGCCAGUUCACCAUCAUCAGAAUCUCCUGCCAUUUCUCCACCAGGUUCUUCCAUUGGAACACCUGAUGAACCUGCAACUACACCACCAGCCUCAACUGUUCCUUCAGGUACCAAAGCAGGAACAGGAUCAAAGACAGUCCCAUCAACAGAUGGAACAUCUGAUGGAAGGAUCAUCAAAGCACCACUUCAUUUCUUGCUUUUCCUACUCUUCAUUGCAUCUAGUGCUUCUUCUGUCACCAUGUUCUGA